AUGGGGAUGAUCCAAUUGAAUGGAUUUACAAGGCGGAGCAAUAUUUUGAUUACUUUUCAGUGCCCUAUGGGAAAAAGUCUGACUUUUCGAUUGAGCUAUUUCGUUGGAGGAUUAAGGGAAGAACUCAAGCAUGAUGUCAAGUUGCUUCGUCCUGCUACAGUUCAUGAGGCCAUGAAUUUUGCUCAUGAAAUGGAUGCAAAACUUCAGAAGUUGAGGUAUGCACAUUAUGCUGGAAUUUCUAAGUCAAUAUUGCCUCUUUUACCCAUUCAAAAUGAUUUAGUUCCUGCUAAAAAUGAAAUUGUUCCUAGGAAGGAUAUGCUUGUCAGGAAAUUAACCCCUGAAGAAAUCCAAUAUAAACGGCAGAAUAAUCUUUGUUUUUAUUGUGAUGAAAAAUUUGUGAGGGGUCAUAAGUGUGCAAGGAAACAAAUCUUGUUGUUAGAUAUGGGUUAUAAUAGUUCUGAGGAAGAGAAAAUAGUUCAUGAAUUACAACAAAUUGAACAAGUGGUUGAGGUGAAUGCUUGUUGUAUCACAGCUUGUGCUUUGUAUGGUACUCCGGCUUCUAUUGCUAUUAAGACUAUGAAACUCAUUGAUGUAAUUAAAAACUGUCCUGUUGUGGUAUUGUUAGAUUCUGGAAGUUCUCAUAAUUUCAUCGAUAUUGGCAUGGUUAAGAAGUUGGGUUGGAAGUUAGAUCAGUCUCAUAUUUGUGAUGUCAUGAUAGCUGAUGGUGGACAAGUUCAUAGUAAGGGUUGUUGUGCUGCGGUUCAUUUAGCCAUCGGGACUUAUGUAUAUACCUCCGAUAUGUUUGCUUUGCCAUUGGGAGGCUGUGACAUUGUGUUAGGGGUUCAGUGGUUGAGAACUCUUGGUCCAAUCUUGUGGGACUUUGAGAGAUUAACUACGAAGUUUUGGCAUGGGAAUAAGCAAAUUUGUUUGUCCAGUUCUAAGCCUCAGCCUCCACAGCCUAUUUCUUGUCAUCAGAUGGACAAGUUGUUGCAUUCAGGUUGUUAUGGUGUGAUUCUUUGUGCUGUAGAAUGUGAAAAUAUGGCCAAACCGACAGAUGAUUUAUCCUCACCACAACAACAUGAAUUGCAAGCCUUGUUUGAUUCUUUUUCUGCAGUCUUUGGCACCCUAACUACUUUACCUCCUGUGAGAGAACAUGAUCAUCGGAUCCCACUGAUUUCUGGUUGUAAGCCACCAAGCAUUAGACCAUAUGCUUAUGGACCACUUCAAAAGGCAGAAAUUGAAAAGAGUGGCUAUCAUCAGAUUAGAGUUCAUCUAGAAGGUAUUGAAAAAACAGAUUUUCGGACUCACGAGGGACAUUAUGAAUUCCUUGUUAUGCCCUUUGGUUUGACAAAUGCUCCUGCCUCAUUUCAAGUUGCUAAUUGGCCUGUACCUACCUCUGUUAAAAGUUUGAGAGGAUUUUUGGGUCUCACAGGCUAUUAUCGAAAAUUUAUUCCUCACUAUGGCAGGGAGAGUUUCCCUUUGGCUCAGUUAACCAAGAAGGAUGGAUUUGUGUGGACUCCAGAGGCUACUGCUGCCUUUCACAAACUCAAGGAACUCAUGUUAUCUCCUAGGGUUCUCUCCUUGCCGAAUUUUACAAAACCUUUUAUCAUUGAGAGCAAUGCUUCUGGAUCUGGUAUAGGGGAUGUGGUACAACAGGAAGGCAGGCCUAUUGCUUUUACCAGCAAGAUUCUUGGUCCUAGAAACCAAGCCCUUUCCACUUACGAGAGGGAAAUGAUGGCAAUUGUUCAUGCCAUCAAGAAGUGGCAUCAUUACUUACAAGGAAGACACUUUAUCAUUAAGACAGAUCACCAUAGUCUUAAAUAUUUUCUCAAUCAUAAGGCUCACACUCCUUUUCAGCAAAAAUGGGUCACCAAGCUUUUGGGCUAUGAUUAUGAGAUACACUAUAGGCAAGGGAGUGAUAAUAAAGCAGCUGAUGCUUUGUCUAGAUUUCCUAUCAGUCACAGCUCUUCUACUGACCAAGUUCAAGUCUUUGCCAUGGACAACUUGCACAUUGGAACUGAUGUUUCUGGUAAAAAACAACAAGUUCUAGCUGUCACUGGUCCUACACAAUCACCUCCUACACCAUCUCUUUCUACAACAAAUCAUUUACUCAAGUUUCACAUUGACAAUGGUCUCCUUAAAUAUAACUCCAGAAUAGUCCUCAGUCCUAAUUCGAUUUGGAGGACCAAAGUUUUUGCUGCUCAUCACUCAGUUCCAACAGCUGGUCAUGCUGGGUUGUUGACGACUUAUCAAAGACUUUCUUGGAGUUUUUAUUGGCCAGAUAUGAAACAUGAUGUGCAGAAAAUGGUAGCUGAAUGUCACGCCUGCCAACAACAUAAGUAUGAAACUGUGACUCCUGCUGGAUUAUUGCAACCCUUGCCUAUACCAGAUAAGGUGUGGACUGAUAUCUCAAUGGAUUUUAUUGUUGGAUUACCCCAUUGCCAAGGGAAAUUUGUCAUUUUUGUAGUAGUUGAUCGUCUGAGUAAGUAUGCCCAUUUCAUUGCUUUAUCCCAUCCUUAUUCAAUGGCUUUUUAA